GCGAAGAUAAAGUUGUUAUAAUUGUGUCACCUAAGCGAACCCACGCGCCGCUGUAGCCACGCCCUCUCCUCCCUCUUCAGCCAAUAGGAGCGACCGCAUCCUACCAUAUGACUUCCCUGCUAUAUCAUUCUUUUAUCUUAAAUAUUCAUAUUUCCCUGCAAACCACGGAACAUUUAUAUCCUAAUUAUUGAAGAAUAAUUCAAAAACAUUUAAUGUCUGGGCGUGUGUGUCAACCAAUUGCAUUAAAGUGCGAGAGCUUUGUUUCCCUGACAAAUGCAAUAAUUUCCACACGGUAGAAAUAAUCAUCCCGUAUUCAGUGAUAUGUAUUGACACUUGGGUGUCAGUUGUCGUUUUCCCUUACAUGCUGGUUAAACGAUGACUGCAAUGCAUCAUUCGUUCCGAGCCUUUCGCACCAUUCAGCCUUUAUUUCAAAGUGCCAUCAUAGUUCUAUGAUAUCUUCCUCAUACGGAGAAAAACUUGCAGCAUUUUAGUAAUAAAGUUGAUAAAUUGCUCAGCCUAAUCAAACGAUAUCAGAGCAUAUUAACUGACGUGGCAAUGCAUCAUAAAGUAGGCGUGGUUUAGUAUUGUCAACAUCCUGGUGACAUAACUAGUUUCUCCAAAAUGGCGACGGUGGACCAGAGAGAGGCAGGUCAGGACGACCCAGAGAGUGAAGAUGAGGUGUAUGAGGUUGUGGACCUGACAGAAUAUGCCCGGAGGCACCAGUGGUGGAGCAGGGUGUUUGGGAACAAUUCGGGCCCGAUUGCUGAGAAGUACUCUGUGGCCACUCAGCUCAUGAUGGGAGGGGUGACUGGAUGGUGUGCUGGUUACCUCUUCCAGAGAGUUGGGAAGAUAGCUGCAACUGCUGUUGGUGGAGGGUUCCUUCUUUUACAGAUCGCCAAUCACAGUGGCUACGUGCAGGUAGACUGGAAGAAAGUGGAAAAGGACGUGAACAAAGCAAAGAAACACUUGAAGAAGAAAGCAAACAAAGCAGCCCCUGAAAUAAAUACAUUCAUUGAGGAGGUAAAGGCCACAGACUUUAUAAAGAGGAACAUCGUCCUGUCCAGCGGGUUCGUUGGUGGCUUCUUUCUGGGUUUGGCCUCCUAAAGCUGCAGUACACGCUGCAGUCUCCUCUUACUGUGAAUCACAUCGCUACAUAGGUCACUUUUAUCUCCAUUGUUUACCUCUCGGCCCCAUGUGUGCAUUGAUUUAUCUUUUAAUGAACUGAACGGGGGGAUUAUGUUGAACAUUAAAGCAUGAUCUGUUGUGACAGUGGUAUUAACUGUGCUAUAGUUUAAAAUCAAUCCUUGCUAAUUAUCUCCUUUGGGGUGGGGGGUGGUGAUUGGUUAAAUACACAUUGUGAAGUGUGUAUGAGGCGGUCAGUAGAGAAUUGAGGUACUUGGAUUGUACUGUGAAGACUGUCUUCUGUGGGGCCCAUCAAGGCUCUUUGCCAGACUGCUAAAUAUGUCAAGCUGCCACAAACUAGCACAGACGCGUCUCAAUCGUCCAUCCCCUCAUCUAUUUACCCGGUGGAUGCCGAUCUCGUAUAGUUAUAAGUUGGCAAGUGUGGGCGCCAUUGUAAAUAUAUAACUAACCCCUUUUCAGAACUGUAAAUAUUAUAUAAACAACACAGAAGGCAGCAGAGUGGGAAGUUAACACCAUCCCCCAGUCUAUUGCUUCGAGGUAUUUUUUAUGUAGCUGUGAAGUUUGGCGAGGUUUAUGUGCCAUUGAAGCAAACACAAUGCUGUUUUUAAAGUUUAUCACACUGGCUUGGGCUCUAAAGAAAGGUAUUUUUCCACCCCAAGUGGGAGUUUUUCUUGAUAUACAACACAUAUCACAUACGUUAAUCACAACUAAAUGUUAAAUCUGUUAAUAUGCUCUACUUUGGACGGACAACAAAGAGUAUGAAAUACAGAUCCUGUAUACCCAUAAUCCUCAGCUCCACAAUGCCCAUUUAAUGACAGGAUGAGCAUCUGCUGUACCCUAAUUACCACCAUCACAAGCUAGACACCAAAAGAGACACUAGUCCUGUCAUUAAGGAGCAUAAUGGAGCAGAGACUGUGACUCCUACGCCCUCGCUACUGUCAUUGUGCAUUUAGUAGUGUCAGUGUAGCAAUAACAUAACAGCGACGCUGCCGAGUUGUACAUCAUUACGUUAAUUAUACAGAUAGGAUAUCCACACACGGGGGACGAGUUAAGGUGAUCACAGGUUGCUUAUUUUGUUUAUUGCCUUUUUCUUCCAGUGCAAUAUACAGUGAUGUUUGAGAUGUAAGUUUUGUUUUGAAGAGCUUGUUAUGUCUCCAUCUGGCAUUUUGUAUGCUCAUAUUCCCUCAUUGUUUCUAUUUAAUAUUAUUUUUAUAACUUUAUUUGAGCUGUAUGAAUUUUGUUGCGUGUCUCUUGAAAUAAAGAUGCCUGGAUUUGUUUUGAGUUACAAUAAAAUAAAGACCGGAUACAUUUGUCUGAA